UUUGUUGCUUCGUUGUCCACAAGAGGUGCCACGAGUUUGUUACCUUCUCCUGCCCAGGGGCCGACAAGGGUCCUGCCUCCGACGACCCUCGGAGCAAGCACAAGUUCAAGAUCCACACAUACUCCAGCCCAACUUUCUGCGAUCACUGCGGCUCCUUGUUGUACGGACUUAUCCACCAGGGGAUGAAAUGCGACACUUGCAUGAUGAACGUGCACAAGCGCUGCGUGAUGAAUGUGCCGAGCCUCUGUGGGACGGACCACACCGAGCGCCGGGGCCGGAUUCACAUCAAGGCGGACAUCGAGAACGAGGUCCUGACGGUGAUUGUACGAGAUGCUAAAAAUCUUGUUCCGAUGGAUCCCAAUGGCUUGUCAGACCCGUAUGUGAAACUCAAGCUCAUACCUGACCCAAAAAGCGAGAGCAAACAGAAGACUAAAACCAUCAAAUGUUCCUUGAACCCCGAAUGGAAUGAGACCUUCAAAUUCCAGUUGAAAGAGUCCGACAAGGGCAGGCGACUAUCGGUGGAGAUCUGGGACUGGGAUCUGACCAGCAGAAAUGACUUUAUGGGAUCUCUCUCCUUUGGCAUUUCAGAGCUGCAGAAAGCCGGAGUGGAUGGCUGGUUUAAACUCCUGAGCCAGGAAGAGGGAGAAUACUUCAACGUUCCUGUCCCCGCAGAAGGCGAAGAAGGCAAUGAGGAGUUCAGACAGAAGUUUGAGAGAGCCAGAAUGGGUCCAGGUUCAAGAGCUAUGGAAGAAAGGCUGCCCAACACCAUCUCCAAAUUUGACAACAACGGGAACCGUGAUCGCAUGAAACUGUCUGACUUCAACUUCCUGAUGGUGCUGGGGAAAGGCAGCUUCGGAAAGGUGAUGCUUUCGGAAAGGAAAGGAACGGAUGAACUUUAUGCUGUAAAGAUUCUGAAGAAGGACGUGGUCAUCCAAGAUGAUGAUGUGGAGUGCACCAUGGUGGAGAAGCGAGUGCUGGCCCUGGCUGGAAAGCCCCCCUUCCUCACACAGCUUCAUUCUUGCUUCCAAACCAUGGACCGCUUGUAUUUUGUGAUGGAGUACGUCAACGGUGGCGACCUCAUGUAUCAGAUCCAACAGGUUGGGCGAUUCAAGGAGCCCCACGCUGUGUUCUAUGCAGCCGAGAUCGCCGUGGGCCUUUUCUUCCUGCACUGCAAAGGAAUCAUUUAUCGAGACCUGAAACUUGACAAUGUGAUGCUGGACUCCGAGGGCCACAUCAAAAUUGCUGAUUUUGGCAUGUGUAAAGAGAAUAUCUGGGAUGGAAUUACCACCAAGACUUUCUGUGGAACGCCUGACUACAUUGCUCCUGAGAUAAUUGCUUAUCAACCCUAUGGGAAAUCAGUGGACUGGUGGGCCUUUGGCGUCUUGCUCUAUGAGAUGUUGGCGGGGCAGGCACCUUUUGAAGGAGAAGAUGAAGACGAGCUCUUCCAGUCAAUCAUGGAGCACAAUGUGGCCUACCCCAAAUCCAUGAGCAAAGAAGCGGUGGCCAUCUGCAAGGGGCUCAUGACCAAGCAUCCGGCAAAGCGGUUGGGCUGUGGCCCAGAAGGAGAACGGGAUAUCAGAGAGCAUGCCUUUUUCCGAUAUAUUGAUUGGGACAAACUCGAGCAGAAAGAAAUCCAGCCUCCUUUCAAACCCAAAGCUAAAGACAAACACGACACUUCCAACUUCGAUAAGGAGUUCACGAGGCAGCCCGUGGAACUCACGCCCACCGACAAACUCUUCAUCAUGAAUUUGGACCAGAAUGAGUUUGCAGGCUUCUCCUACACUAACCCUGAGUUUGUUAUUAACGUUUAG